CAGAAGAGGAGCUGGAGCUAAAACUAGCUGGAGUCAAGGCCCUCAAUGAAACGGUUUGUUCAGAGUUGUGUGGAUGGCUUGUUCAAUUUGAAUAAGAAUGUUCGCAUAGUAAUAUAUUCUUAUCUUUAAGGUACGGGAAAACAUUGAAAAGGCACAGGGCAAACAAAAAAAGGCUUUUGAGGCAAAAAAAAGGAAAGGGGUUAGCCAGUGCUCACUUAAGGCAGGGGACGAGUUCCUAAUUGGGGAGCCCAAAAAGAAGGUGAAGAAGGGAAAUUGUUUGCAGGAUCUCUACCAAGGGCCAUUCACCCUCACAUCCCUGACAGAGAAGGGUGUGGCAAGUGUGGCUAUGUUAGGGAAAAUACAGAAAGUUAAUGCUGCGCAGCUAAGGCCCUACUUUCGGCCACGAGAUCAUGGCCAUGAAUCUGAGGGCAGCCAAAACAAUGCAGAAGACAUUGGACUGGUGGACCACCAGUAUGCCAAUAAAGGUCCACUGUGGUCCAAGAGGUUGUGUCCUCAGCAAGAACAAGUGCUGACCUAUGUGCUGGACAGAACACGUCCAGCAAAAGAAAUUGUUGUUCUGGAUGGUCCAGUUUGUCUUCAAAGGGAGGACUUUUGGAGCCUGGGGCUAGAUGAACAGGUGGAGAGCAAUAUUGGGAAUGCGUGCUUCAGACUGGUAGAGGAGGCAGCCAGGAGACAUGGAAUGGAUGUCCACAUUGCUGACCUAUUUGAAGUCCCUAAAUGGAAACUAAGGGAACCUAGUUUGCCGGACAAUGUGGAAUCUAAAGACAUCAUCAUUUUGCCAGCAUGGUCUAGGGGGUCACAAACAGCAAGCCACUACAUGCUUUGUGUGUUAUUAGUUGCUAAGAAGGAGGCUAUUUUUCUGGACUCAUUAUGUCCAAAUGGGUUUGGAGAUGAGAAAUACAGAACCAUAUUUAGACAACUUGCAGGAGAAGUGGCUAAUGGACCGUGGGUGGAGAAGACGGGCAAAGAUUUUGAUCCAUUUCCAGUUCAGUCAGAUGGACAGAGCUGUGGGAUAUUCAUGCUUAUGUAUGCCCUCUGCAUCUGUACUGGUGCCAUGUUUCACUUUUUGGAUACUGACAUCCCAUCUAUUCGUAAGUGGUGGUGUAUCCAGAUUCUGGAGAAAUUCUCGAUCGCAAGGCAUGGGCAGAACUUUGGGCAGCGCUUUGCCUUCUGGACAGAGGAGGCAGAACAGCUGAUGGCAGGCACCCUACCACCUAUUUAAAGGAUUUAUCGACCCAAAUA